AUCAAAGAAAAGCCAAAAGGAACUCGUUCAACUCACUUUCCUUUAAGUAAUAAUAAAGCUAAUGAUGUCGGCACAUCCAUCAAUAGAGAUUUAAAACAAAAAAAACAGGAGAGAGAAAUUCUAGAGAGAGAGAUAGAGAGAUGAUGAUAAUGAAGAAGCCAUUGUUUCUUGCUCUGAUAAUCAGUUUCUUCUUCUUCUUCUUCAUCUCAAAUGUCGAUUCACAAUCACCAGCACCAGAUUCAUGCAGCUCCGAUCCUCUCACACUCCAAACCCCCCUCCCCUUCAACACAUCUGCUCUCCACUGUGUCUCGGUUUGGGCUCCUCAAGGCUUCAUCCUCAGAUACGCGCAAGCUGAGUCGAAUUUGUGGAAUUUCGUGCUCUCGGCGCCGAACACGAACGCGUACAUCGCGAUAGGGUUUUCGCCGGACGGGAACAUGGUCGGAUCCAGAGCCGUGGUCGGAUGGGUGGCCGGCGACGGAACAACAUACAUAAGAAAGUACCAUUUAGGAGGGCAAUCGCCGAACCAAGUCGUAAUCGAACCGUCUGCAAAAGUAGAAUUGCGGAUUGGGAAUAUGACGUCGGUGGUUCUCCAAUCGAAUCGAAUCUACAUGGCUUUUCAGGUGAUCAGCGAUACUACUCCGACCGCGCGCCUGCUUUACGCCGUCGGACCGGCGGGGCGGCUGCCGUCCGGCACCAACCUUCAACUCUCCGAGCACGAUAACAGGGUCUCGACGACCAUCAAUUACGCCACAGGUGUAUUUGAAAAUAAUAAGCAUAAGCCCGUGACAAGUCUUCGGAAGGCCCACGGGAUUUUGAACAUGUUUGGCUGGGCCAUCUUAUUGUCAAUCGGGGCAAUGGUGGCCCGAUACAUGAGGAAGUGGGACCCACUUUGGUUCUAUUGUCAUGCAUCGAUUCAAACUCUAGGGUUCCUUUUGGGUCUCAUUGGUAUUAUUUGCGGUUUGGUCCUCGAAAAGCGGCUCACGGGGGCCUCCGUGGGUAAGCACAAAGGCCUCGGUAUCACCGUUCUCGUACUCGGCUGUCUCCAGGUAAUGGCAGUAUUGGCUCGACCAGACAAAGAAGCUAAAUUAAGAAAAUAUUGGAAUUGGUACCAUUUUGGAGUGGGAAGGCUAUUGAUAUUUUUGGCUGCGAUAAAUGUGUUUUAUGGGAUCCAUUUAGGGAAAGCCGGGUCGGGUUGGAAUGCGGGUUUUGCUGCUUUCCUUAUCAUUGUCUUCAUUCUUACAGUUAUUUUCGAACUUAAAAUCUGCUUCAAAAAAUAAUUUUCUUUUUUUUCUUUCACUGUUUUAUUGGGAUUUUUCUUCUCUUUGCAAUCUUCCUUUUUUUUUUUUUCUGUGUUUGCCAUUUUUUUGUUGGGGUUUUUCUACACGUGUAUACAUUGAUUUGAUAGUGUACAACAUUAUUUAAUUUGAUACGAUUAAAGAAUAUAUUUUGUUUUCUUGUUUA